CCAUUCUUGUGCUAUUUGAAUACAUUCUCCAUUAUUUCUCUCAUUUUUUCCAUUUACACUAUAGUUUUUUAAAAAAAUGGCAGGAAUUGCAUUUGGUCGGUUCGAUGAUUCAUUUAGUUUAGCUUCAUUUAGAGCCUAUCUUGCUGAGUUUAUCUCAACUUUGCUCUUUGUUUUUGCUGGUGUUGGUUCUGCCAUAGCUUAUGGUAAAUUGACGGCGGAUGCUGCUCUUGAUCCGGCUGGUUUAGUAGCGGUGGCUGUGUGCCAUGGAUUUGCUCUAUUUGUUGCGGUGGCUGUUGGUGCUAAUAUCUCCGGUGGCCAUGUAAAUCCAGCUGUCACUUUUGGAUUGGCUGUUGGUGGCCAGAUCACCAUUCUGACUGGUAUUUUCUACUGGAUUGCUCAGCUUCUUGGAUCAGUUGUUGCUUGUUUCCUUCUUAAAGUUGUUACCGGUGGCUUGGCAGUUCCAAUCCACAGUGUGGCUUCAGGAGUUGGUGCAAUUGAAGGGGUAAUAAUGGAAAUAGUGAUCACAUUUGGGUUAGUCUACACAGUCUAUGCAACUGCAGCUGACCCCAAGAAGGGUUCACUAGGCACCAUUGCUCCCAUUGCAAUUGGGUUCAUUGUUGGGGCCAACAUUUUGGCUGCAGGCCCAUUCUCUGGUGGAUCAAUGAACCCGGCCCGUUCCUUCGGCCCAGCUGUCGUUAGCGGCGACUACCACGACCAUUGGAUCUACUGGGUUGGGCCUCUUGUUGGUGGUGGGCUUGCUGGGCUUGUCUAUGGAAACUUGUACAUGGGUGGUGAUCAUGCACCUCUAUCCAAUGAUUUCUAGGUUUUGAUUGUGAUUUGGUGAUGAGUUUGUGUUUCUAAUUUAUUUUUCUUUGUAAUAAAAAGAAAGGAAAGUAAUAUUUUUGCUUUUCUUUCUUUUUUUAUUUAUUUAUUUUGUGGUUGUUAUUGUAAAGGUUUGUUGUGGUUAGCUUUUGCUUUUAUGAGUAAUUGAUGAAAUUGGUGAUGUGUAGCAACUUUUUUAAGCAUGCUCAUGAAUUGCUUUUGUUUU